UGAUCCCACGUGUGACGCUUUCAUUCCCGGCUCAGUAAUAUUCUCAUAGCGGGGCUUUGCAUAUCUCCUGCCGUAUCUGUGUGUGUCUGUCACUGUUACUGUAGUCCCAGCCUAUAGUUUGAAAUAGAUAUGGAAGGAGACGGGAGUCAAGCCACAUCCGGAAGCCUAAAUGAUUCACAACAUGACCCGGGUAAAAUGUUUAUCGGUGGCCUCAGCUGGCAAACCUCACCAGACAGCCUUAGAGACUAUUUUAGUAAAUUCGGAGAAAUAAGAGAAUGUAUGGUGAUGAGAGACCCCACGACAAAACGCUCAAGAGGAUUUGGGUUUGUUACGUUUACAGAUGCUGCCAGUGUAGAUAAAGUCUUAGCUCAACAACACCACGAAUUAGACUCAAAGACGAUUGAUCCUAAGGUUGCCUUUCCACGUCGCGCCCAGCCUAAGAUGGUCACAAGAACAAAGAAAAUAUUUGUGGGUGGCUUGUCAGCUAAUACAGUAGUGGAAGAUGUGAAGCAGUAUUUUGAACAGUUUGGGAAGGUUGAUGAUGCCAUGCUUAUGUUUGAUAAGACUACUAACAGACAUAGAGGAUUUGGUUUCAUAACUUUUGAGAGUGAAGACAUCGUAGAGAAAGUCUGUGAAAUUCAUUUUCAUGAAAUCAAUAACAAAAUGGUAGAAUGUAAGAAAGCCCAGCCCAAGGAGGUGAUGUUCCCACCAGGUACACGAGGGCGAGCCAGGGGUCUGCCCUACACCAUGGAUGCCUUCAUGCUGGGGAUGGGCAUGCUGAGUUACCCUAAUAUUGUGGCAACGUAUGGCCGCGGAUACACUGGAUUCGCACCCAGCUACAGCUACCAGUUCCCUGGCUUCCCAGCGACAGCGUACGGACCGGUGGCAGCAGCGGCAGUAGCAGCAGCGCGUGGCUCAGGUAGGGGGGCCCGUGGAAGAGGCGGCUACUUGGCGUACCCACAGAGCACAGGGCCAGGCCUCCCCGAUUAUGGGUUUUACUCUGCGCCCAGUGACCAGAGGGGGGGGCCCUGCUCCUUUGCUGACUAUGGCUCCCUGGGGCCCCAAGCGGCUCAGAUGCUGCACAGUGAGCAUGCCACCUCCGCCUGCAACUCCCCCCUCCAGCACCUACACAGCCCGGAUCAAUUUAAGAACCCAGGCACCAACCCGUCAAGGCCCGGAGGUUUCCCUGGUGCUAACAGUCCAGGGCCCGUGGCUGACCUGUACGGACCUAGCAGCCAGGAUUCAGCUGUGGGCAACUACAUCAGUGCUGCUAGUCCUCAGCCUGGCUCUGGGUUUGGCCCCAGCAUCACAGGCCCGUUGAUUGCGACAGCUUUUACAAAUGGAUACCAUUGAACAGGUGGCCGGUUGCCAUCUCAUCAGAGCAGAGUAUAUCUGGUGGCCCAGGAAAGACAGGACGAAGUUUCUAAUUGGCUUUGUGUGCAGGUGACGCUAUCCAACUUCAAGCACUACAGCGUCGCCCAAGCAAAAAGAACGAAAGUCGGAACCACAUGAAGAAGAAAAGAAAAACGUUAGUCAUCUCAGAAAAAUAACAACUGCUGUACUAUAAUCCAAACCUCCUAUAACUUUACAACCUGGUUUGGUAUGAUGUUUCACGUCGAUUUCAUUCACCAAUCUCCUUCCUCUGUUAGCUUUUGUUUUUGAUUAGUUUUUAGAGCCGUCAUUUUAGUUUUAACCUUAAUUUUGUGUCCUUUUAUUUGAUCUUCUAGUAUAUUUGUGUAAAUGGAUUUUUUUUUUGUUUGUUUGUUUGAAGUACGGGGGUCAUAGCCAAGAAUAUCUGCAAGUCAUGUCUUCAUCUUUGUAGUGUAAAGGAGAAAUGAUUGGAUGUUCCAUUCAGUCUUUCCGCGAAAAAAAAAAAAAAGAAGAAGCUCAGCGUGGAGAGACUCGGAGAAAAAAAAAUUUAAAUUUUAAGGAAAAUUUAAAGAGGGUAUCUAAGUAAUAAAUCUUAGUAGCUGUUUUAUUUCUUGUGAUGUCUCAUUGUUAACCAUAAUUACCUAUUUUUGGGCAAUACAAAGAGGACUCCAAUAUUUUUAUGGUCCUUUUUUAUAAGUGUUGUUUUUGUUGUUUAGAAAUAUAUAUAUAUGCUAUAACAAAUUUCAUAUAACUACAUUGUGAAUUCAAACUUGAGAAAAAGAAAUGUAGCUGUACAUAUUAUUCCAGUCACUGCAUAUAACCAACUCAGUGAGAGAAUAGCAUAUUUUUGUGAUGGUGUGUCAAAAGAACAUGUUAUAGCGUGUGAAUAGAAGAAAAAGCUGUAAACAGUUAUUAUUAUACUUUUUUCUGCUGGAAGACGGUAUAAACGACCCCGGAGACAAACAGAACACACUUGCUCUGUAAAUACUGAAGCUGAAUAAUUUUACAAGUGUCAUACCAGCAAAUUUACAAAAACGGUGAGUUAAGUCAACACAGUUUUAAAGAAAUAAAAAAAAGAGCCUGAUUGGUAUCUUUUGUCUAACUGUUAAGAUAUCAGUAUCAUUUCAAAGAGAGAGAGAGAACAUUUCAAAGAAAGAGAGAUAAAAAAAAAAAGAGAUUUAAUCCAAAGCACACUGUACUUAGAUGUGAAGAUUAGAACUUGAACCAGGCAUUUUACAGUGCUCUGUGCAUCCUGACACUUUUAUACUCUUGAGAGGAACUUGUUAGUUGUAUGUUAUUGUUUGUUUCAUCCUGCUUGUUCCUGACUCGUUUUUUUCGGAACACAAUAUCUGGGCUCUGUGCUAGAGCCUUUUAUGUAAUGCUUGUUCUCUGAAUCAGUUCUUUUAUGAAUGAAUUAGGAAAGUAAACAUUUUGAUACCAUACCUCAGCCUUUGUGAGUUCUAUUGUGGAAUCAUUGGCAGGUUUUAAUUUAUUCUAGUGGCAAAAUAAAUGAAAACACUGAAAGGUAACAAAGCGAGUAAUCAUUGCACUGUGAGUAGUGAAGUACAGGCCAUUUUUCCUAUUUGCACAUGUAUAUGUCGGCUUUUUAAAAGAAAAAAAACGGCCCUGUGCUUUGGGAUAGUAUGAAGGAUUUUGGGGUUAACGUAUUCUUGACUAGACAAACACUUCAGAGUUUUGAGGUGAGUUAACAGCUUGGGAAGUAGUAACUGAUAUGUUGCAGUGUGGAUCUCUUUAUAUAUUAGACCCAUGUCUCAUCUAAGGAUAUUUAUACAGGGUUAAAAGAUGACACUGAAUUAUUCACUCUCUGUCGCUGCACCAGGUUUUACACAGUAUGUGUGGUUGAUGAUUUUACUCAUGACGAACAUUUAAUAAUAAUGAUAACAAUAAUAUGCUCCAGUCCGGUUUUUAAAGUCAUUAAUGGAAUGAAUGGUGUGUUUUUCUGAAAUACUUUACCUGCUGCAGGUGUACUUGUUGUUUUCGUUUUUACCCACUUCUUGUCUCAUUUCUUUGAUUUCAAAACAACCAGGUAAAGAAAUAUGCUGGAUACUUCUAAAGUAAAUGAUAUGGAGGUGUGAUCAAGUAAUAAUUUAAAGAGUAAAGAGAAAAAAAACCCUUGUAAUGUUCAAAUGUAAAAGAAAAUAAGAAAUACAAAACUAUAAAAAAAGAAAGAUGCUUCUUUGCUGAUUUCAAGUUUAAUCAGAGUUUUAUUGAUACUUUGUGGUUUAUAUAUUAAUAAUUGUAAUAUACUAUUAAAAUGUACUGUGCAUCCAUUGCUUUCUCUCUUUCCAUUCCCCAUCCUCAGAGAUCCUACUUCUUUUGUUGAUCAUUCAUGUAUUUCAUUAGUGUGUAAAGAAAUCACAGUUAACUUGUAAACAGAGUGCUGUCUUUGAUACCAGUGUAGUGGUCUUUGUUGUUCUCCCUUUGCUCUACCUCUCCUUUCUCUCAUAUUUAUCCCUCUCCCUCUCGCGCUCUUUUUCUAUCUCCUGUAAUUACAAAGUAGAUGUUAUAUAGGACUCAUUAUAUAAUACUUGUAGUGAAUAGUGGAUUUAGGACCAGUCAAGAUAGACCUUUCUCUAAAUGAUCAUGUUAUUCUGAUAUUUGCAGACAAUUAUUUUGAUAGAGGUUCAUUGUAAUUUAUUCCCUGUAUGUUUUUUUUUUUGUUUUUUUUUUUUGUUUUUUUUGUUUUUUUGGUUUGGUUUUUGCCACUCUCACAUGGUUUCAGCUAACCAAAGCUCUCAUGGAUGAACAAUAGAGAAACAGUUGCUGUAAGAUGGAAUUGUACACAAGGCAUUAUUUGGAUCCCCACCCUUGAAUGUUUUAAAAGGGGUGUGCCAUACUACCUUAAAUGCUAACGCUAGAUAUGCAAAACUUUUUUUUUUUUUUUUUUGGAUUAUUUUUUAAGAGGGACACAAGCUAUAAUUAUGGACAAAGAUUUUAUGUAAAAAAAAAUCAUAUUUUUUUAAGAAACAUACCAAUGAUUACCACAUUAGUCAUAAUACAGAUCAUAGUGCAGUUUAAAUAUCCUGUUAUAUCUUUUAAUGCUUGUAUUCCUUGGAAAUAUCCCAGAAGCCUUUGGCAUUUUUAGAAUACACUGUUUAUGAUCUCAUAUUUCUUAAAAAAAAAAACACGUAAUUUGAAUCUUAGAUCUGGGAACUAGUUUUUGUUUUAAUUAAUGUUGUUCACACAUAUUGACAUUAUAGAGGCAUUUCUGUAAAAGGAAAGCCCAUCAAACAGAAAACCUGUGAAGCUAAAGGAUUAGCAGCAGCUGUUAAGGGAUGCUGUGUAUCAAACAGUUAAAUUCACACCCUGACGUUGGACUAGCACCCUAAAUAUCUGCGACUCGUUGCUGAGCUAAAUCAGAGCAGAAAAUUAUAAUUAAAAUUUGAAUUCAAAUGCUCAAAGUUUAACAAGGGAAAAAAAGACAUUUCAAAGAAUGUCCAGGAUUCAGACCUGUUAGAUUUACACGAGCAGCUGCGUUUCAAGCAAAAACAAAGCUAUUAAAAAGCCUCAAGCUGUGUUCACACUCCGACCGCAGACUGAGUUAUUUUUGGAGUAUAAUUUCAAAUAAACACAAUUUAGCUUUUAUACCCGUUAUUUCAUUUAUUUCACCUCAUGGGGUCUUAAAAUUGAAUACUGUUUCAUUAAUAAAUACCAUUAGUGUCUAUUUGUUCUUCUCCUCCAGUAUAAGCUGUCAAAUUACAUACAGUAUGUACAGUAAUGGCAGCUUUGUAAGUGGCACUAAAAGACAAAUUAUUCCAAUGAAUCCAAAAAGAAUAAAGAAUAUUGAGUUAUUUAAAAACAGGCAAAGAGAAAUUAUCCCAAAACACAAUGUUCCAUGUGUUAAGCAAGUCUAAUUAUAUUAAACUUUAUUGUAAAAUGAUAAUCAUAUUGGAUGAUACAGGAAAAAUAUAAUAUUUGACACACAAAGGAAAAUUAUAGAUGAUGUUUCAAAGUAUUAAUGCUUAUGUUUGACUCAUUUGCACAUUAUAGUUUUACAAAUGUCUCAACAUUAGAAAAACAGUAAAUAUGAUAAUAAGAAUAAAUCAUUUACCAUCUUAAGUGUACCAGUUAUUAGACAGGAUAAAAAGAAAGAGUUCUUCAUGUUCAUUUGCAGCAUUGUCCCUUUUGUUUAUCUGAAUAUUUUAUCACAUAAUAAACUAUAACUCUAAACCACCUACAGACCGACACAAGAGGCUCAUCAGGAGCUGUGGUUGAUUCCAAUUUUGCUGCCGUUUCAUCUGAAAAACAAAUAACAAUGCAACAUGUGUGAGAUACAUUAUUUUGUUUCUUACUGUUGCAGCGCCUGGUGGCGCUUAGAUUAUAAUGAACCCCUUUUGGAUUGGAAAAAAACCCAACAACUUGAAAUGGCUGAUUUUCCCUCACACAAUCUUUAAAAAGAAAUGGACUCUUCUAUUGUUUUGUGAUCCUGUAGCUUGGACUUUAAGGUAGCAUGGCUCUGUUGCUGUAAUUACAUUUUAUCUCAAACUGACAGCAGUUUACAGCUGAUGAAUGUUACACAUCUUAGUAGACUAGCUUAUCCAUUUGGGGAGAGGGGAGGGGUCUUGGUUUAAGAAAAAAAAAUAAUCAAAAAAGAAAAAAAGUCAACCUGGAAGUUGUUGACAUUUGUAGUGUACUACCGUAUCCAUUUAAACUUGAAUCUCGAGGCAAGUGCUAGGCAAUGGCCAAACAAUUUAUCCCAUCCACUGUGGGAAAAUCCCACCCUGAAACCACACGCGCUUCUGAGAUUUCUGUCGUCUUGGAUUCAAAUCUGUUUUAUGGAUAUGAACAACUGUCUCCCCAAAGCCGGGACAUCACAUGAGGACUGUUCGGGCUCUGCUCUAUUUCUGAUUAAUUACAUUGACUUUGAAGGCUCAUUGAACGUUCUUGAGCAUUUAUACCCAGAAGAGGCUUAUUCAUAGUGGUGCUAAUGGUUUUAAACCAGACAAUGUGCCCUUAUCUCUGAGAGAUACUGGAUACUGUCACAGUGACCACAAAGUGACUCUCACCGACACCACCGUUUCUAGUGUCGCCUCUCUUGUUUCAGGAUAAAACACAGAUUGGUUCAUGUUCACAAAUCUAGACUGAACUCUUCAAGGUGACAGAAAUAGCACAAGUUCAACUGUACUGUCGUGUUUUAGGGUGAAUUUCCCCUUCAGUCCAAAACCAUUGCCAUCUCACCCAUGCUCAUUACUAAAUAUAUACAUGCAAUUGCAAUAUAUAUGUGUAUAGAUGAAUAUAUAUGUGCAAUUCCCACGCAUUUAAACUGAACAAUAUUAGACUGGAGACCUCAGCUGUAUACAGAAUACUCCUCACACAGCUACACCCAGGUUCAUAUAGCCAUUAUUAGCUUAUGUUCACCAACACGAGAGUUCACCCCUGGCGUGUUGUCGAGUUUGGAGCAGACCGCAUGGCCUAGAGGGGAGCCUGGAAGCUCUUCAGACUGCAUGGACGGCAGUGUGAGGCUCUGCUGUGCUUCCAUGUUUCUGCAGGCUGAGCACAGAGCUCUCUUCACUGCUGUCUGCCCAUUCCUAACACUUGCCCCUUUUUUUUAUGUUAACCGACUUUUUAUGGCGAGAGACAGACAGACUUGACUGACAUCUGAAAGCAUCUUUCAGGUUAUCAUAUGGCUUGCUCAAGCCCUGUUGUAAAAUAUACAAAAAAUAAAAAAUAAUAGUAAUAAUAAUAAUAAUAAUGGAUGGGGGUCUCUCACAUAUCAAAUGUGGAAAGUCUAAUUUUAUAUUUGUAUUUUCAAAUAAUAAUAUUGACAAAAAAUGUCUGUGAAAGGUUUCCAUCCUCUACUGUGGUCCAGAAAUUGAUGUGUCUGUC